UGCGGGCGACGAAGCGAAGAUCAAUGAAAGCGGGCGGUUUUACCGAAACUGGUCGGACGAGCCGAGGUGGGAAUAAAGCCGAGGACACGGUCAUUUUAUCCAAAGAGCACUAGCGGUGGAAACGUCGUUUCUCUCCGAAUCCUCAGUGAACUCGUGGGUGACUGAAAGUCGACGCCAGAAGAGUGCAAUGUGGAAAAUUUACACUUCUACUGUAGCCUAGUACACUGUCGUAUUUUGUGACGGAGAUAUUCGUUGGUUGAGCGUUGAGUCGAGGACAAGGGAAUUAAGGAUGAUCUUUGCGAACACCGCCAACCCCGUGAGGCCCCCUUACCGAAAACAGCCUCUGGUUGCUCCGCCCACUCUCCCAAUGGCUCCGCCCAGCCCAAGCACCAAUAGCAGCACGAAUAACAGCAGCAGCAACAGCAGCACGACUGGAUGGGAACAGCUCAGCAAAACCAACCUCUACAUUCGCGGGUUGCCCCCCUCCACCACCGACCACGACCUUGUGAAACUCUGCCAGCCGUAUGGAAAGAUUGUAUCCACAAAAGCCAUCCUGGACAAAACCACAAACAAAUGCAAAGGUUAUGGCUUUGUGGACUUCGACAGUCCAGUGUCGGCACAGAAAGCUGUGGCAGCACUAAAGAGCAGCGGUGUUCAGGCUCAGAUGGCCAAGGUGAGACCACAACCUAUGGCAUCACUCCCUUCGCUUAAGCAACAGGAGCAGGACCCAACCAACCUGUACCUGUCCAAUCUGCCAGUGUCCAUGGAUGAGCAGGAGCUGGAGAACCUUCUAAAGCCCUUUGGACAGGUCAUCUCCACCCGCAUUCUCAGAGACGCACAUGGUGUCAGUCGGGGUGUGGGGUUUGCCCGAAUGGAGUCUACAGAGAAAUGUGAUGCUGUGAUCUCUCAUUUUAAUGGGAAGUUCAUUAAGUCCACAUCAGGAAUGCUAGGCACAUCAGAGCCACUGCUCUGUAAGUUUGCUGAUGGCGGUCAGAAGAAGCGACUGAGUCAGACUAAAUAUGUUCCCAAUGGACGAACCUGGACACGGGACGCCGAGGUGAGACUAAGUGGGAUAACAUUGACCUAUGACCCUAAUGCGACUGCCCUCCAGAAUGGGUACUACGCCCCUCCCUACAGCAUGGGGAAUAGGAUAAUGGCCCAGACAGCUGUGACUCCCUACAUCUCACCUGUCUCCACCUACCCGGUCCAGAAUCCCUCCUGGAUGACACAUCAGCCUUACAUCAUGCAGCACCCGGGAGCUGUACUGUCGCCCUCUAUGGAGCACCCUAUGCCACUACAGCCAUCCUCCAUGUUGGCUCCUCUGACUCAGCAGAUGGGCCAUCUCUCUCUCGGUGGGACUGCAACUUUUAUUCCGGCAAAUACAGCUAUGCAAGGAGCAUAUAUUCCUCAGUAUGCCCAUAUUCAACCUGCCGCCAUUGCCACUGAGGAUCCCAGUGUGCAGCCCCAGGAUGUGACCUCUAGUGAUCCCUCCACUUACCCGUUCCAACCUAGCAAGCAAUAAAAGGGUGAGCAGUUAGAAGCAGAUUUGGAAGAGGGCUCCUGUGACUACAGGCUUCUUUGGAUGGGAAGUGACAUCACAGAGGAAACAACACUUUUGCACAGGUUCCAGAAAACAAGUCUAUGGUGUAAUCAACCAAACACAAACCACCUCAGAGGCCCUCAACAGGUGCAACAUGGCUUCAGCAACCAAAACAAUGCAAUUCAUCCGAGACAACAGACACAGGAGUGAAGCAGAGUUUUAUUUUGCUAACGAAAGGAAAAGAGACGAAGACAAAACGCUUAUUUUUUACCAAGGACUAAGACGCAGACAAAGUCUGUGAAUACAAGACAGAAACGCAGUGUGCUAGUAUCUUUAGAUGCAUGAGAGGACUUUUUAGUAUGGUUUUUAGAGUGUUUUUACUGACUGUUUCUCAGACACACACACAUAUAUAUACACACAUACACGCACACACACACACAAAUGAGGAAAAACAAUUGCUGUGGUAGUAGCAAUGGAGAGGUUUUUUUUGCUUUUGUCUUCCGCACUUUGCCUUUUUGGUCCGUAGUUAAAGAAAUUUGCCUUGUAAAUACAGUAGAGCGGGCUUUAGAAUCAAACGAUGAAAUGCUUGAUGGGUAUCAGUCUUCCCUCCUGUCUGUCAAAGCAGAUGUUUCACAUGCAAGUAAAAUGCUUUCUUUUGGGGUUUUUUUCCCCAAAUCAAAGCAGCUUUACAGCGUGUUGGAGAUCCUGUAAAGUGUAUGGCAGAAUGGUCUAGUUCUGCUCUCCUCUGAAUGCACCCGUUUAAAGUCUUCUUGCCUUUUCAAUCAAA